AUGAUGAACUACGGAGGUCAUCCGUUCAAUCAACAAGCGCCUCAGCAGCAACAUCCAGGCGCUCAGCCUCAACAUCCCUUGAAUUCGCAGCCUCAACGCCAACAUGCCCAAUCACCACUGCUGGGCGCGGGGUCCGCACUUCCCCAGCAAAGUCCGUUCCCUGGCAAUAAGCCAAACUUUCGCCAACAACCACAACAUAAUUACACGGCGUCGCAAUCCCCGGACUUGCGGAAGAUGACCCCCACCUCUGGCUCAUUGGGUGGGUACCCAACCGGGACCAGCUUUGCUCAAUUCUCGGGCCAAUUUGGAGCGCAAAGCUCCCCUGAUCUCAUGGCGCGCAAUCCUGACCCGAUGGGUUUGCAAAAUCUGCAGCGCGGCUUUAACCCGAUGGCUCACCUACGGCCUCAACCGGGAAUGGGAGCUCCCGCUGGCAUUCAUCCUAUGAAUGCCCCUUCACCGCAGCAGACUUUGAAUCGACUGCCUCAUGCUAAUAUGCACCAAAGAGAGCAUCACUCUUCAGCAAGUCCCUCCAUGGCAAACCCGUCGAUCUUCUCCAUGAAUCAACAGCGUCAGCCGCAGUCGCAGUCGCAGCCCCAAUCGCCCCAACAGGCGCAGCAGGCGCAGCAAACACAGCAAACACAGCAGCAGUUGCAACAGCAGAUUCAACAACAACAGUACCAGCAACGACUUGAACAGCACCAGAUCCUGGAGCAGCAGAAGCAAAUUCAGCAGCAGCGCAUAGAGCAACAGCGCCUUGAGCAACAGCGUGUCGAACAGCAGCGGGCUGAGCAGCAACGCAUUGAGCAGCAACGAGCGGAGCAGCAGCGGUUGGAGAAGCAACGAGCGGAACAGCAGCAACAACAACAGAAGGCCUUGGAACAGCAGAAGUUAGACGAUCAACAGCAGCAGGAAAGGCAAGAACGGCUAGAGCAACAACGUAUUGAACAGCACAAGUUGAGUCAGCAAAGGUUGGAACAGCAGCGACUGGAGCAGCAACAAAAGCAGCAGUUGGAGCAGCAAAGGUUGCAAAAAUUACAGCAACAAACCCAGGCGCAAAAUCCGUACCAACAUCAAUCGCCAUUCGCUCAACACGCGCAGUCUCCGUUCCAUCCGUCUCAAUACCAGCAGCAUCAAGCCCAGCCCCAGCAUCAAUAUACCCAACAUCAGGCUCAAUUCGCUCAACCACAGCCCCAAUUCCAAUCUUCUCCACGCCAAACUCAGUUCCAGCAUUAUCAGCCGCCAGCACACUCAGGAAUCUCAUCUUCUCAGCCACCUGCUUCCUCGAUGCCGAAAGCCACGCAGAGUCCGGUUUUGAAAGUUGAAGAGCCGAGCUCGGCGCCGAAGAAGAAGAGCAAACCGAAGAAGCCGGUACAGACGCAGCCUCAUCAAGUCCAGUCUCAGCCUCAGCCUCAGCCCCAAAGCCAAGCUCAUGGGCAAUCACUCGUUGAUCACCAAGCUCAGCCUCACGCCCAAAAUCAUAUCACUGCUCCUAUCGGUGUCCCUACGGUGACACCGACUCAAACCAAUGGACAAGCACAUAUGCCUGGCUUGACAGCGACUGGGGGCGAUCAGGUGACACCAACCCCCAAGCGCCGUCGUGGACGACCACGCAAAGAGGAGGUUGCCGCCAGAUUAGCUGCUCAGGCUGCUCAUGCUGCCGCAAAUGGCGAACCCAUCCCAGGGAUGUUGGUACCAGGACAAGCUUCAUUCACGGCGAACAUGACACCUACCGGUGCUUUGCCACCAUCUACAUCUAAGAUAACUCCGAUUCUAGGGCCCGAUGGGACCCCCUUGAAGCGCAAACGUGGACGCCCUCGCAAGGCAGACCAAAUUGCCUGGGCAGCUGCAACGGGGCAACCUUUACCACCGCCAAAACCAAGGAAGCCGUCCUCGGCAAAACCAAAACCACCUACCGGUCGACCUCGGGGCAGACCUCGCAAGGCUGAUGUGGCGGCGGCAGCGGCUGCUGCUGCAGCAGCUGCCGCCAACGGUGAUCAGGCACCGGCACAGAGCAACCCCCAAUCUGUCGAUGGCAUAGAUGCGACCACGGGAUUGAAGCGCACAGCAUCUGCCAUGGGCGAUGAAGCACACAAACGACCAUGUCCGACGCCCCCUCAGAUGCAUCAGGGUCAAACUCUUACGGGUCAACCGAUACAAGGUCAACCCAUGCAAGUCCAGGGCAUGCCAGGUCAACAACCUCUGCCGCAACACCAGCAUCAACACAUGUUCCAAGCCCAGCAGCAACCGAAUAAACAUAUGCACAGUCAGCCUAUGCAGCAACAGGCAAGCCAGCACCUCGGCCAGCCCCAGGUUCCGCACAUGCAUCAACAACAGCAACAUAUAUCCCCUCAACCAGGACAUAUGUCGCACAACCCGGCUCUUGCCAAGCAGGCGGGCCAGCAGCUGUCAAUGCCACACAUGCAAAUGCACCAUCAAUCCCCGGUGCACCCAGCACGUCCCCUUCCUCACCAACCAUAUAUCCAAUCUCCGAUGCAGCAGCAGAUGCAACGCCCCAUGCAGUCCGAGUCGCCGCAUGGUAUGCCAGCACAGCGCAGAGCUCCAAUCCCCCAGCGGACGCAGGCACCUCCUCCGCCAGCGCCCCAGCACGAGCAUCAGCACACAUUCCAGAUUAAGAUGCAGCCACAGCCAACUUGA